AUGGCGCAGAGGAUUGAUCUGCCGCGACAUGUGCAGUAUGCUGCUCUUGAGGAAAUGCUGUUACUACAGGCACUUGUCAAUCUUGUGGGGGAUGACCAACGGCUGAAAUCGAGCUCCUCGCUCUACACCCGCAAUGAGAUCGUCUAUGCGGCGUUGCGGCUGCUUCCUGAGCCUCAGCGUGAUGAAUUCCUGAACUAUGCGGAUCGGCUGACCAGCAGCAUUGUGACCGAUAUCCUGGUCAGCUUCCCCAUGCCUAUCUCUGAGCCAGUUGGAGAUUCCAGUCGCGCCGAGCGCCUGGCCUACGACUUUUUGAUGGAGGGCAGGGGUUCGCUCUGGUCUGCGGCCCGCGAA